AUGGGCCCCGUUGUGCUGAAGGACGACUGCGAUACAGAGCAUCGCGCCACGCGGCUGGACGGAGGAUCCUCCUACAGCGCUACAGUCGGUGGGGCGAGCGCGGAUGGCGGUGUCCAGACAUGUAUGGAGGACAUCCGGCGCAUGGACAAGGUGAAAAGUCUGCUGAAGUUCGAGUGCCUAAAGCGGUCGGCUAUCAAAAUGCACAACUCAACGGCAGUGGAUGCAGUCGUGAAACUUGUGAACGGCGUCCUCCAGGACAUGGACGAGAGUGCAACAGCUAUGCAGAACGAAGCCGAGAAUGAGCAGCAAGCCGAAGGAAGCGGGGCAGGUCGGAUGUCUGAGAGCCGUCGCGAGCCCGGCAGCAACGGUAAAGUGCGGAGUAGCGCACAAGACGAAGAAUGUGCAGAGACGCCCGUUAGUGCAGACGCGCAAACAGAGCGAGGUGCACUGGAGGGUUCACACGCUAGUCGGCGCAGCAUAGCAGAAACGCCAGCGACUGCAGCGGACCCAAGAAAAACGGAGCAGAGAAAAACCGAGCGUCCAAGCAAGGCAGCGGUUGCGGACGACCGGCCGAGCCGCAACGCGGUCAGCCGCCACUUCCGUCAGUCGGGGAUCGCCUUCUUGCAAAAUGAAGAGCUGCUGCAAAGCUGUCCGGGGAAGCGUCUCACGCUAGCGAAGUGGCUGCGCGAAGAAGAGCGCUACGAGGAAGCGUUUGAGCAGUACAACAAGAGUCAGGCAGCGGUCAGCACGAAGAGCCCGGCGGAGGCGCUGGAGCCUCAGGAAGAACACAUUGCAUGUGGGGAGAAAUUUCGUCGCACCUACUACCAGCAAAAGCAGCUCUCUGCGCAGAGAAAAAGUGUAGCGGAGUUGGGGAAUGCGCGUGAGAGCGACACGCAGGUCGAACAGGUCGACUCCUCGUUCCAACUGCACCCGAAUCCGGAGCAGAUCAAGCAGCUGGGCACGAAUUUGCAAUUGCGACCAGCGCAACUGCCGAGUCGGCCCACGAAGUUGCAACUGGGCAAGCUCGGGCUUUUCAAUUUAUCGGGGCUUCCGGCGAGCAGCGCAAAGGGCAGUCCCAAUGGCGAAAACAACAAUGCGGCACAAGCUGCUAGCGACGCCGAUGGCGUCUUCGAUCCGGACGAAGAACAGGAAAUCCAGAAACUCGAAGGCUUAGCCUACUGUAGUCGGAAAAUGGGCGAGUACGAC